AUGGUUCAGCUGGAGAUCUUCUUCACGAUCAACCGAAAAGAGUAUUGCGUCAACGCAAAGAGUGUUCCCGUGGACACCUCGUUGAAUACCUUUAUCCGGAACCAUGCCCAUCUGAGCGGCACCAAGUUCAUGUGCCUGGAGGGAGGAUGUGGUGCCUGCGUCGUCAAUCUCAGCGGCGUCCAUCCGGUGACGGGGGAUGUGUUCUCGUAUGCUGUCAACUCGUGUCUGUUCCCCGUGCUCGCCUGUCACGGUAUGGACGUGACGACAGUCGAGGGCAUCGGGGACAAGCAGAAUGGCUAUCAUCCCACGCAGAAGAUUCUGGCGCACUUCAAUGGAACUCAGUGCGGCUACUGUUCACCCGGUAUGGUGAUGAACAUGUACAGUCUGCUGGAGGCCAAGAAGGGCAAGGUGACCAUGGAGGAGAUUGAGAACUCGUUCGGAGGUAAUAUCUGCCGCUGCACCGGUUAUCGGCCGAUUCUGGACGCGUUCAAGGCGUUGGCCGCUGAUGCCGAUCCGAAGCUGAAGGCGAAGUGCCAAGAUAUCGAGGAUCUUACGAAGAUCUGCCCGAAGACGGGAUCCGCCUGUGCCGGCAAGUGUUCCGCGGCAGGAAAGAUCAACCAGAAGAAGGGUCUCCAUCUAAACUUCGAUGAGAACAGAGAGUGGCAUAAGGUGUACAAUGUGAGCGAUAUCUUUGCCAUCUUUGAAAGCAUCGGUGAUCGGCCGUACACGCUGGUCGGUGGUAAUACGGCUCACGGAGUGUAUCGCCGUAACGAUGGGAUUCAGGUGUUUAUCGACAUCAACGCCGUUCAAGAGCUGAGGGCCAAUUCCGUGGGAGGUUCGCUCACCGUUGGUGCGGGCACUUCGCUUACCGAGCUUAUGGAACUGCUCGGCACAACGGCCAAGCAAAAUAACCAAUUUGGCUACCUGGAUCAUUUGAUCAAGCACAUUGACCUGAUCGCGAACGUGCCCGUGCGUAACACCGGUACCAUCGCAGGAAAUCUGAGCAUCAAGAACCAGCAUAACGAGUUUCCUUCCGAUUUGUACCUAAUCCUCGAGGCAGCUGACGCAAAGUUGACCAUCUUGGGGGCGCAUGGUAAAACGUCAACAGUUCGUCCAUCCGAGUAUGCUACGUUGAACAUGAACAAAAAGGUGCUGCUGAACGUCAUUCUGCCUCCUCUUGACCCAUCGGUGUACAUCUAUCGUACGUUCAAGAUCAUGCCCCGGGCACAAAAUGCCCAUGCGUACGUCAAUGGUGCAUUCCUGCUGAAGCUCAACGGUUCCUCCAUCGUAUCGAGCAACAUCUGCUUCGGAGGAAUCAACCCUCAGUUCACCCACGCGGCGAAGACCGAGGCAUUCUUGGUUGGUAAAAAUCUGCUAACCAACGACACAGUCCAGGGUGCCUUGAAUGCGCUCAAGGAUGAGUUAAAUCCCGACUGGGUGUUGCCCGAUGCGUCACCCGAGUACCGCAAGAAUCUGGCACUAUCGCUGUUCUACAAGUUUGUGCUUAACAUCGCACCUACCUUGAAGGCACCGGUUAAGGCGGAAUACCAGUCCGGUGGAACGGUCUUGGAGCGCCCGCUUUCCUCUGGAACGCAGUCGUUCGAUACGAACAAGGAGAACUGGCCAUUGAAUAAGGAUAUUCCGAAGAUUGAAGGUAUGCUACAAACUUCCGGCGAGGCAAAGUACGCCAACGAUUUGCCCGUUUUCCCCAACGAACUGUACGCCGCCUUUGUGCUGUCCACCGAGGCGCAGGCGAAGAUCGUCAAGAUUGAUCCAUCGGAGGCAUUGAAAAUUCCGGGCGUGGUCGGCUUCUAUUCCGCGAAAGACAUUCCCGGGGAAAACAAUUUCAUGAACUUCAAGGGUUUCAUGGGCCCGCACGAUGAGGAAAUCUUCUGCAGUGAGAAGGCAUUGUACCACGGUCAACCACUCGGGUUGGUUGUUGCGGAUACCUUCAACUUGGCCAACCGUGCCAGCAAGCUGGUGAAGGUAGAUUAUGAAAAAACCAACACGGUACGCUAUCCAACCGUGAGGGCCGUUCUGCGGGAUAACGUCACGGAGCGUUUACACGACAUGCCGUACAGUACACUAGGUGAUGCGUUUGAGGCCGCCCCAGUUGGACCCGUGAAGGUAAAGGGUUCUUUCGAGAUUGGAGGCCAAUACCACUACACCAUGGAGACGCAGACGUCCGUCUGCAUUCCGAUCGAGGACGGAAUGGAUGUGUAUUCGGCCACGCAGUGGAUCGACUUCACGCAGAUUGCCAUCUCCAAGAUGCUGAAGGUUCCGGAGAACAGCCUGAAUUUGUACGUACGUCGGUUGGGUGGAGGAUACGGGUCGAAGGGAACCCGUGCUACUUUGGUUGCGUGUGCAGCGGCCCUUGCCGCUCACAAGACCCAACGCCCGGUGCGUCUGGUGAUGACGCUCGAGGCCAACAUGGAGGCAAUCGGCAAGCGUUACGGUGUCUUCUCGAACUAUGAAGUGGACGUCGAAAAGAACGGCAAAAUAACCAAGCUCUUCAACGAGUAUGUCCACGAUUUCGGUUCGUGCCUAAACGAGUCGAUGGGUCAUUGUGCCGAGUUCUUCCGCAAUUGCUACGAUAACAGUGCCUGGAAGACGGUAGCCAAGGCGGCCGUUACCGACGCGGCCAGCAACACCUGGUGCCGGGCACCUGGAACUACCGAAGGUAUCGCCAUGGUGGAGACCAUUAUGGAACAUGUGGCCCACGCGACCGGGCUGGAUCCGCUCGAUGUGCGUAUGGUCAACAUGCCGGAAGACUUAAAGAUGCGCGAGCUGAUGCCACAGUUCCGGGCCGAUGUGGAGUAUGACGCACGCCGCAAGCAGGUCGAUGAGUUCAACCGUGCGAAUCGCUGGAGAAAGCGCGGUAUUGCCAUUACGCCAAUGCGUUACCCCUUGGGGUACUUCGGGUCGAUCCACGCACUGGUUUCGGUCUAUCAUACGGACGGCAGCGUUGUCAUUACGCACGGUGGCAUCGAGAUGGGCCAAGGUAUGAACACGAAGGUGGCCCAGGUGGCUGCGUACAUUCUCGGUAUCCCAAUGGAGAAGAUCAGCAUUAAGCCAUCGGCUAAUAUGACUUCACCUAACGCCAUCUGCACUGGUGGAAGUAUGACCAGUGAGACCGUUUCAUUUGCGGUCAAGAAAGCGUGUGAGAUCCUGCUCGAGCGUAUGAAGCCCAUCCGGGAAGCGAUGAAGGACGCCUCUUGGGAAACGAUUGUGGAAAACAGCUACUACAAGAAUGUCGACCUCUGCGCGACGUACAUGUACAAGGCGGAAGAUUUGCAGGCAUACAUCAUCUGGGGACUCACCUGUACCGAGCUGGAGAUCGAUGUCCUUACCGGCAACGUACAGCUGCUCCGUGUUGACAUCCUCGAGGACACUGGUGAAAGUCUUAGCCCCGGUAUCGACAUCGGCCAGGUCGAGGGUGCGUUCAUUAUGGGCGUUGGAUACUACCUGACCGAAGCGUUGAUCUUCGAUCCGGAAACGGGUGCCCUACUGACUAACCGCACCUGGACCUACAAACCGCCCGGUGCCAAGGACAUUCCGGUGGACUUCCGCAUUCGCUUCCUGCAGAAGAGCACCAACGCCGCGGGGGUACUUCGCUCGAAGGCGACCGGCGAACCGGCCAUGAAUAUGACCAUCUCGGUUUUGUGUGCACUGCGCAACGCCGUUCUGGCGGCCCGCAAGGAUGCCGGUUUGCCGAACGAAUGGGUCCCACUGGGAGCUCCCUCGACGCCGGAUCAGGUGUAUCUGACGGCGGGUAACGCUGUAGAGCAGUAUUUGUUGAACUAAUUCCACUUUGGGAUUUGGGGAAACCCAGUUUUUAUUCCUUUUUUUUCUUUUUUUGGGAAACUAGAAUGUAGUCAUGGUUGUUAUUAUUAUAUCCCCGCAUGAAAUAAACUGUGUUA